AUGCAUAGACUUCUUUGGGUAUAUGAAGAUGGAAUGAAAAGGAAAGAUGAUUCUUUUACUAUUGCUGCCAUCGUCGAAGCUGUUAGCCUUGCAAAUGCAGCUGCUGAGGCUGCGAAAGACGCAGUUUCUUCUGCUCUUGUGCUUGAACAGCUUGAGAUUGGAGGAGGAGAUGGUUGCCGGAGGAGGAGGAGAAUGAGGAAGAGGAAGAGGAUGAUGGGUGUAUUUAGCUAUUUUGAAGAUGACGAAGGCUUAGGUGGAAAUGUAGUUAAGGGAUCUUUGUCGAAGUCAGAGAGAUCUCGGUAUCUGACACGGAGACAAGAGGCUGAGUUUUCGGUCUCUCUCAAGGUUGGAGCUAUGCUAGAGGAUACGGACUCAAUAAGUAAUAAUACAACAGCCGAAGCAAUUGAGAGGAGGGGGAAAGCUGACAAAGCUUGCCUGAGAGCAAGGGAGUGCAGAGAGAGGAUCACUCUGAGCUAUAAAAGGCUUGUUGAAACACCACAUAUGCUCUCUAUUCGCAAAGGGCUGAGUCUGCAGGAUCUCAUCCAGGUAGUGGAUAAUAUGCCCAAGGUCCAAUCCAAGUGA